AUGGAACAACCUUCUUUUGCGUCUUCUUCAUGUGGUUCCUCCUAUGAUGUUUUUUUGAGUUUCAGAGGAGAAGACGUUCGCAAGAAUUUCGUCGACCAUCUCUACAGUGCCAUGCAACAAAGAGGAAUUUACACUUUCAAAGACGACGAGAAGCUGGAAAGGGGAAAGUCCAUCUCGCCCGCGCUUGAGAAGGCAAUCGAAGAAUCGUCCAUGGCGGUGGUCGUCUUCUCCGAGAACUAUGCUGAUUCGACAUGGUGUUUGGAGGAACUGGUGAAAAUUAUGGAGUGUAUGGAGGUGAAAGGUCAGAUGGUUGUUCCCAUUUUCUAUGGCGUGGAUCCUUCGACGGUGAGGAAACAAAAGGGAAAGUAUGGAGAAGCCUUUGAAGGACACGAGAAGAGGUUUGAGAAAGAAGGAGAAAAGGUGAAGAAAUGGAGGAAAGUGCUGGAGGAUGUAUCCAAUUUGUCCGGUUGGGAUCUGAACAACACUGAAAAUGGGCAUGAAGCUAAGUGCAUCCAACGAAUUAUUGAAGAUAUCAUGGAUAAAUUGGGCCUGACAGGGACUAGUGAUGCUCCAAAUCUCGUUGGAAUGGAGUCUCGUAUGCAGAAACUAUAUUCAUUGAUAGGGUUGGGGUCUAGCGAUGUCCGUUUUGUUGGAAUAUGUGGGAUGAGCGGCAUAGGAAAGACAACUAUUGCCAGAGCUGUUUAUGACAAGAACUCGAGUAAAUUUGAAGGUGCUAGUUUUAUUCAUGAAGUCAGAGAGCAGUCAGCAAAACAUGGUCUAGAGCGCCUACAACAGACACUUCUCUCUGAGAUUCUUUCCAUGAAAGAUUUGAAAAUAAACAAUGUCUUUGAAGGAACCAACAAGAUAAGGCGAAGGCUGCGCGGUAAAAGAGUGCUUAUUGUUCUUGAUGAUGUUGACCACAUUGAUCAAUUGGAGUCCUUGGCUGGAAACCGUGAUUGGUUUGGUAAAGGAAGCAGAAUCGUUAUAACAACUAAGAAUAAACACUUGCUUGUUAGGCAUGAUGUUGAUAGAAUGUAUACGAUGAGUCUGCUAGAUGAAGAUGAAGGCUCUCAACUCUUUAGGCAGUAUGCCUUUAAGAAAACAAAGCCUACCAAGGAAUUAGAGAAGCUCGCAAUUCAAGUGGUUCGCCAUGCUGGCGGCCUUCCUUUAGCCCUUAAAGUUUUGGGUUCCUUCCUGUAUGGCCGAGAUAUUGCUGAGUGGAGAAGUGAAGUGGACCGACUUAAGGAAAUCCCGGAAGAUGAAAUUUUGGAGAAACUUAAAGUAAGUUUCCAUGGUCUCAACAAAAUUGAUCAAAAGAUAUUCUUAGAUAUUGCAUGCUUUUUUAAAGGGAAGAAGAAAGCAUCUAUGACAAGAAUACUUGACAGUUUCAAAUUCCACUCUGUCAUUGGUAUAAAGGUUCUCAUAGAGAAAUGUUUGAUAACUUUUUCAAAAGGUCGCAUUUUGAUGCAUCAAUUGAUACAAGAAAUGGGCUGGCAUAUUGUUCGACGAGAAGCUUCAGAUGACCUGAGAAGGUAUAGCAGGUUGUGGCUAUCCCAAGAUAUUUCUGAACUACUAACGGGAAACAAGGGUACUGAUAAGAUUGAAGGUGUAGCAUUGAACUUCAGGGCUGCAACAGAUGUGAAAAUUAGUAGUGAAGCCUUCACACACAUGACCAAGCUCAGGCUACUCAAAAUUCACAAUGCAAAUGCUUCUCAAGUUCCCAGUUUUUUACCCUGCGAGUUAAGGUGGCUCGAUUGGCAUGGAUAUCCUUCAAAAUGUUUGCCUGCUAGUUUCCAAGGAGAAAAGCUUGUUGGUCUUAAAAUGCAAUAUAGUCGUGUCAUACAACUUUGGAAAGGCUUGAAGGUUUUGGACAAUUUGAAAUUCAUCAAUCUUAGCUACUCCCAGAAACUGAUUAGAACUCCAGAUUUCACAGGAAUCCCAAAUCUCGAAAGGUUGAUUCUUGAAGAGUGUACGAGUUUGGUGGAGAUCCAUGCUUCUGUUGGAUUUCUCAAGAACCUAGUUUUAUUGAACCUAAAGCACUGUAUAAAUCUAAAGAGGCUCCCAAAGAGCAUUCAUUUAGAAAAGCUCAAGAUGCUAAUCCUGUCGGGCUGUUUAAAACUCCAAACUUUUCCUGAAAUUGCAGGACAUAUGGCUUGCUUGUUGGAAGUAUAUGCUGAAGCUACUGCUUUAAGAGAGCUGCCUUCAUCUAUUGAUUUCCUCACACACCUUAGCAUAAUAAAUCUAAGCUAUUGCAAGAAUCUUGCAAGUCUUCCAAGUAGCAUUUGCAGAUUGAAAGGUCUCAAAACUCUCGUUCUAUCUGGCUGUUCCCAGUUUGACAAACUACCAGAUGAAUUGGGACAAAUGGACUGUUUAGAAGUGCUCUACUGUGAUGGCACAGCCAUCCAGAAACCACCAUCCUCCAUUUCACUUCUAAAGAACCUUAAGACCUUAUCGUUCCGUGGGUGUAAACCUCUAGCUUCUCAGUCAUGGUGUUCAUCCUUCCUUUCUUGGCUAUUGUCAGGAACUUUUCAAGAUACCAAAGCUUCACCCUUUCUUUCUCUAUCUGGUUUAUCUUCAUUGAAAAAACUAGAUCUUAGUGAUUGUAGUAUGUUAGAUGGAGGCGUUCCUUGUGAUCUCGGAGUCUUGUCCACUUUGGAAGAAUUGAAUCUUGGCAAAAACAAGUUUGUUAGUAUCCCAGCUGAAAUCAUUGCUCAGCUCACUCGGCUUAAGGUCCUUGAGCUAGUUGGAUGCCAAAAGCUUGAAACUUUGCCAGAUCUUCCAUCAAGUAUAACAGAGGUUUAUGCAGAUGAAUGCACGGCCUUGAAGAGCAACUUAGAUUUAUUGACUAAAUACCCAAAGUUGUUCCGUGUUUCGUUCACUAAAUGUGCCCGACUAUUUCAGGAUCAACGUGACAGUCACAUGGUUGAUGCAUUAUGGCAACACCUGCUCAAGGGACUAUCUGUAGUUGAUGACAAUUUCAGUAUCUGUCUUCCUGGAAUCGAGAUUCCUGAGUGGUUUACCUAUAAGAACUUGGGGCCUUCAAUUGCAGUGAACCUGCCUCAAAAUUGGUAUAAUAACAAAUUCAUGGGAUUUGCAGUCUGUGUUGUUUCUGACUUGACAUCGACUUCAUUAUCUGGGAGUAGUAAUUAUCUGAACAAAACUCAUGGAAUUCGAGUCCUGUUCAGUUUCAGAACUCAUGGUGGUAGGAAGUUAAGUCAUGCAACAACUAUUGGGUCUAUAGGGAGUGAUGAGAAUGUGGACUCUGAGCACACUUGCCUGGCCUAUGUGUCAUUUGAUAGUUUCUGGUGGGUAUACAAUAAAAUGGUUCACAGCCCUAAUGAAUGGUGCCAAAUUGAGGUUUCUGCUGAUCGUUUCAGCAGAGGUCACUUGUUACUCACAGGUUUUGGGAUGCGCCUCGUGUAUGAGGAUGAUGUUAAACAGAGCGAUGAACAGCAGAUGAACCAAAAGAACUCGACUCAAUCUGAUGGGAAAAUGGGAUUGUUUCCUGCAAUCUUCAAUGGAUCAAAGUACGUGAAGAAAAAAAGGCUUGGCUAUUAUGACUUCUCUCGCCUUCCACCAGAAGCACAACAUCAAGAUUCUUGA